UCUCCUUUCCUUCAUCAUGUCCCAACAACAUUCGUCUUCAUCUCCCGAUGCCUCCAACUCCCCCCAAGUCGCCGGACACCCCUCCUCCGAUCCCUCCCGCACCGCCGAACUCGCCAGUCUUAAGGUAAAGCUGCGCGCUGCCCUGCGCCAGUUUCCUGAUUUCCCGUCCCCAGGCAUCCUGUUCGAAGAUAUCCUUCCUAUUUUCGCCGACUACACUCUGCACGAAGCCCUCAUCCGCUGCCUGGAGCUCCACGUCCUUGAGAUCCACGCUAAUGAAAAGCCCGAUGUUAUCGUCGGCCUCGAGGCCCGAGGCUUCCUUAUCGGCCCCAGUCUGGCUCUGAGACUCGGCGCCAGCUUCGUUCCGGUCCGCAAGCAGGGCAAACUGCCGGGUCCAUGUGAAACCCAGGCUUAUGACAAGGAGUACGGUCAGGACUUUUUCCAAAUGCAGUCCGACUCUAUCAAGCCCGGCCAGAAGGUGAUCGUUGUGGACGAUAUCAUUGCGACUGGCGGCUCGGCAUACGCAGCGGGAGAACUUAUCAAGAAAAUGGGCGGAAGUCUUAUGGGUUUCGUUUUCAUGCUUGAACUUGAAUUCCUCAAGGGACGGGACAAGCUGCCUGCUCCAGUUUACACUCUUCUUUCCGGCCAGGAGGCGAAAGCCUAA